AUGAGACGCUCUUCUCUUCUGAGUACUCUGCGCAUCAGGCGUUUUCUUUUAGCUCCUGCACAAUCAACGCCAACAUCAUCUAAACUGUCAUCAUCGUCAUUAUCAUCAUCAUCAUUAUUAGCCUCAACAACAGCAGCAUCAACAUCAACAAAUAAUUCACCUUUCGCACUACCAGUAGAGCGACAAAUUAAAGGAGGACUCAGUGCAGACUGGCGAGAACAGGUGCGACGAUCGGGUUCCAUUCUUAAUGAUAUUUCCCCCGCACUGCCUGAUAAUAGUCGUACAGAAGAGCAACGUCGACGUGUUGCUGGUUGGCAGCCAGUAGUGAAGUUGCUUGGUGAUCAAAAACUUCGUGUGGCUAUUGUUGGACGUAUGAAUAGUGGUAAAUCUUCCUUAUUUAAUUUAUUAAGUGAAGAUCCAACGAUGCCUGGACGGAAAAAUGUGGUACGUGAUUUUAAUGGUAUUACCCGUGACUCUGUUGAAGGACAUGCACAGUUGGAGGGAAUGCAUUUUACAAUUAUUGAUACUCCUGGUAUGGUGAAUGGGCGAUUGGUAGAAGAAGCAUUUCGUACAGUAGAAACAGCAGAUGCUGCUAUUUUUGUAACUGCCGUUGAUGAAGAUAUUUUACCAGCAGAACGGGAUCUUAUUGAAUAUUUACACCUAAAACGUAUGCCCGUAUUGUUAUUAGUAAAUAAAAUGGAUCUUGUUCCACUAGACGAGGAAGACGCUGUAUUGCAGCGAUAUAAUGAACUUGGACUUGGAAAUGCCAUUCCAUUCUCUGCACGACGUAAGUUAGGACUUGAAAUGCUUGCAGCUGUCUUGGAACCACUCUAUCACAUUCACACAAUGCACAAAAUUGAGAAUGACUGGGAUAUUGAGGAUUUAGCCAUGCACGGUGAUGAGGCGGCGAUGGAAGAAGUACGUGAUCGUAACUGUACAGAUCGAUUUAUUCGUGUAGCGAUUGUUGGAAGGACAAAUUGUGGUAAGUCAAGUUUAAUUAAUCGACUUGUGGGAUUUGAACGUAAUCGAGCUGUAGAUGAAACCAAUACUACUCGUGAUCCGGUGGAAUUACCGUGUAUGUAUAAGGGACGCAAACUAAAACUUAUCGAUACUGCAGGUUUGGCUCGACAUCGUUAUCGAGCUGAACGUGAUUUUAUUGGUCGCAUUCAUGAACUCUCUGUAAAUGAAAUUCGUUAUGCACAUGUUGUGAUUGUUGUCUUUGAUGCCACUGAGGGACAUCCAAAUAAAUAUGAUAUGGCUGUAUUGCAUUCCGUUGCGGCGGAGGGUCGUCCAUUUCUUUUGUGUGCGAACAAGUGGGAUGCGGUGUUGGACCAGAGUGCCACAGCAGAGGCAAUUGAUUUUAAAAUAAAGCGACAAGUUCGAGAAAUUAAAUACAGCAAUGCCGUUGUGGUUUCCGCUCAUACAGGAUUGAAUCUCACUUUAUUAAUGGAUCAGGCUUUAUCAUUAUAUGAUACUUGGAAUAAACGAGUGCGUCGCGCUGAACUCACACGUCUUUGGAGAAAAAUGGAAAAGUCUGUUAUCAUUCCAUAUCACGUUGCCCGUGUGGGUCGCAUCACACAAGUAAACACACGUCCACCAACUUUUCUCUUGCAUUUACAGACUAAGAAUGAUGCAAAUACACUUCCUAAAGCACUACAGGAAAUGGUAAAAAAUACAUUGGUGGAAGAGUUUGACUUUCGUGGUGUUCCUAUUCGUCUUAUCCAAGAAGUUAAGGACUCUAAUCCCGACUAUAUUUAG